AUGUUUGGAAAAGUAUUGAGAAAUAAACAUAUUUGGGUGCACAGGGGCACCACAGGAGCAAUAAUCCUAUCCUUUUCAGCCUUCUACCUACCUCAUACGGUUUUUCUCGACCGGUACAAGGAAUUUAUGGCUUGUUACAAAGAUGGGAUAGUGAGUUCUUUGCCUGAGAAGAUACUUCAGAGAUUCGAUGCAGCUUGCAAGUUACUAAACUUGAAAGAGAGAGAAUCAAAGCUCAUCAAACCCUUUGCUACAUUUGGUUUUGAUCUCUUCUAUGCAGGAACUGUUAAAUCUCACUAUGGAGCUUACAUUGGGAUUCCAACGAAUUACCUGUACGACAAUGAAGGACAAAUUGACAAGAAAAACAUAAAAUUACAAACUGAACCCAUCAAGUGGGCAUCCCCGGAAGGAGAACUCCUUUCCAAAUCACUCAUUUUGGAUGAAGAUGAACAAAUAUAUGGCAUUGCCCACUGCAUUCUAAUGACACGUAAUCACCAGAGAUUCCUCAAUGGUAUUUAUGCAUCAGGAACUAUUUUUGGGACAUACGUCCUUGGCCAUUUUAUUAAUAAGCAAAUGCAGCUUCACUCCAGACCCUUCUUCUUCCGUGGAGUUCUCUAUGGCAUUUUAGGAUUAUUUGGAUUCGGCUUGUGGGCCCUUAUGAAGGAUGCUACACAAGUAUACUACGAAGGAGCUGCUGAUGAUGCCCUUGGAGACAUUAGUCCAGAAAUGGCAAAUGCCGGUGUGAGAUUCUACAGCAAAAUUAUGGAAAAGAACAUAGCUCUCCGGAGAAUAACGAAAAAGGAUAAUUAUUCAACGGAAGGAGAUAUUUGUUACACAAUCCGGAUGAAAAGUUUCCCAUAUACGGCCCGGAAAGCCCUCUUAGAAGAAAAAUUGAAGACAGGCCGACAUACAAAUGAAGAGCCCAAAUAAUCCUAGUGGAUGCCGGACUAGUCAGCAUUUUAAUGUAAAAUAAAUAGCUUUGAUUAAUGCAUAAGAAAGAAAAAGAAAUAAACUUACUGAACCAUA